CUCAGUUUUCCUAGUGUUCCUGAGGGGGACUACGGCUUUUUUCUUAAACAUACAGUAAAAAUGCAAUAUCUCUGUAGUAAUAAGCGAGCAGCACGAAAUUUUUUCCGAGUAUUCAUAGAUCAUUAGAGCCUACAUGAUGUGCAUAUGUUGGGCUCAAAAGCAAUGUGACAGUUGGGAAUGUUCCCUUGUGAAACUAAUUCCUCAUCGUAAUAGACAUUUCAGCAACAUCUUCUCUCUUUUUACAUAAUAAAUCGUUUCUCAAUAAUAUCUUAAUUACCUAUUGUAUUUUUUGAGAAUUAAGUAAACAGAUGAUGGAAUUAUACAAAUAACUUUUAACUUUACUAUUGUUUCAUAUUUAUAGCAAGAUCAAAUUGUAUUACAAUUAUUUGCAUGUAUGGAUAAAAUAUGGCAAGCAAAUGAUUUUGAUUUUCGUUUAAGUUUAUUUAAUGUUGUACAAACACAAGAACGUUGUGGUUUUAUUGAAAUGAUAACUGAAAGUGAAACAUUAAGAGAAAUUGAAUCACGUUCAGGAACAAUUAAAGGUUCAUUAGGUGAAUCAGCUUUAUAUGAUUGGUUACGUUUACAUAAUACAUCUGAUAGAGAAUUUCGAAUUGCAUUAGAAAAUUUAACAUAUUCAUGUGCAGCUUAUUGUGUUGCUACAUAUAUAUUAGGUAUUGGUGAUAGACAUAAUGAUAAUAUUAUGGUUAAACAAUCAGGACAUUUAUUUCAUAUUGAUUUUGGAAAAUAUUUAGGUGAUACACAAAAAUUUGGAUGGUUUAAUCGUGAUCGUGCUCCAUUUGUAUUUACAAAACAAAUGUUAUAUGCUAUGUCUGAUCGUGGUACAUCAAAUGAUGCUUUACAUCGUUUUGUUGAUUUAUGUUGUAAUGCAUUUUGUACAUUACAACAAAAUUCUUCAUUACUUCUUUUACUUUUAUCACAUUUAUGUUCAUCAAAUGUAGCAAAUCUUAAUCAUGAUGCUGUUCGAUUUGUUUAUGAUCGUUUAUCACCAUUAACAAAUUAUGCACAUAGUAUAGCACAUUUUACUGAACUUAUUGUUGAUAGUUUAAAUUCAACAUGGACAACAUUUAAUUUUUUAAUACAUACAUUUGCACAAACAACAAAUUCAACAAAUUCAUCAAAUACAAUAUCUAUUGGUACAACAUUAUCAUUUAUACCAAAAACAUAUACAAUAGCAACAGAUGGUAAAAUAAUAUCAGCACAUGUUGUUAGUUAUGAAAAACGUACACAUCCAACAAAACAUUAUUUAUAUAAAGUUAAAGUUGAACGUGAAAUAUUUGAUGAUAAUAUUAUUAUAAAUAAUCAAAAUAUAACACGUUUAUAUAUAACAUAUCAUUAUCGCACAUAUAAUGAAUUUUAUGAAUUAUAUGAACGUUUAAAUAAACAAUUUCCAUUAAUUAAUUUAGAUUUAAAAUUUUCUCGACAAACAGAAGAUAAAAUUGUUGCUCAAAGACGUGUUAGUGAUAUUAAUGAUUUUCUUGAAAAUUUAUUUCGUUUAACAAAUGAAGUUGUUGAAGUAAGUUUUUUAAUAAUAGAAGAAGAAAAAACAAAAAUAACUAAUUUUUUUGUUUUUUUUUUUGCUUUUGGGAUUUAUUUCAAAUGAAAUUAUUAAAGAUAUUUUAAUAUACAGUGAGUCCCAAAAUUGAUCAACCGGAUUUAGUUUUCGGCUGUCUUCAAUGGUAAAAGUAAUUCAAAAAGUGAUUCUGAUGGAGAAAAUUGUGACCAAUCGAAAUAUUAGUGAAUAAAUAUUGUGAUUAAAUUCCUAUAGACAGAGUCUCCAGAAAACUAAAACCUAGUUUUUCAGUGAUAUAAUCAUGCUCAAGAACCCCUCUCUCACAAAACUUCAUCACAUAUAUACAUCUCCAUGAGUCAAGCAUCUCGUGCUGAUGACUCAAGGAAUCCUGACUCAGAGGAUAUAAUCGUGUGAUAUCAUGGCUGAAGGCCAUGACAUUUAGCACCUCGAACCGGCGAAUAUUAUUUAAUUUAGACUAUGUAGAAUGAUAGA